UGAAUAAACACUUUGUGUAUGGGAUGGGCGAGAUUUUACACAUGAACUGUCCCUGAAUGAUCAGUGGUGCGAAGUUUCUGACAGACAAAUCUAUAAUUCAUGUAUGUCUAAAGGCGCCUUUGUUCAACGGACCACGCAGUCGCUUGAAGCAGCUUACAUAUCCCUUGACGUCAGGAUUUGAAAAGAACAACCACUGCCUAUAACCAUUUAAUCGCCGACUUGGAACAGAUGCUUUCGUAGGCAUGAUGGCGCGUUGAUGGGAUCGUCUUGUUAAUAGCACUCAUAGACAUCUUGAGAUUUCCUAGCGUAACAAGACGCAGUGUGUAUUUACCCAGACAAACAUUUGGUAAAUCAAUUGUUCAGCGAGUGGUGUGGUCCAGACCGUUGAGCUAAUUGUGUUAAAUCUGAUUGCCCAUUCUCUGUGUGCCUGUUGAUGGCAUUACUAUUCCUUCAGCAAACAGAACUGUAACAUUGUGAGAUGGAUGCGUGCUUGAAGAUUACAAAGCAUGUCGGAUAUAUUAUCUAGUUCAAAGUGCACUGUUUCAGAUGACUAUGGUCCUGCUAUCAGCGAUGUUUCUGACGGUGCUAUGGACUACAGCGAUUACAUCUAACGUUGUGAAAGGUGAAAGUUUGCGAUUGAUUGAAGACGACUUCUGGCAAUGGAGACUGGAGCAAGCCCCGGAAUUCGCCUCGUCAGUUGGUAUUACAACAUACAACGACAAGUUGGCCUCCUAUAACGUGUCCGUGUUCGAAUCCAGAAGGAUGGUUGUGGAAGGGUUUCUGGAGCGUCUUUUGGCUGUCGAUUUCACCUGGCUGGACAAGGCAGAGCAGUUGGACUACCAGAUCCUCAGUGACCAUCUUCAGACGUAUUUGGACGGGUUCUCGUGGAGAUUCUACGAGACGCUGAACCCAAUCAACUUCCUGGAAGGACUGCAAACCAACCCUGCUCACUUCCUCGAGACUCUGCCCUUUAAAACGGACCGUGACUACGAAAACUACCUUCGACGUCUCCAUAAACUACCAAAGCAACUUGCUGAAUUCAGAUAUCUCUUCAGUGAAGCAGUACGCCGUCAGCACACACUACACAGAGUAUCCGUGGAGCCGGUUCCUGGCCAGAUAGAAAAGUUGCUCGUUGAUGACGUGACACAAUCAACCUUCUACAGUCCCUUCCGUGACAUGUCAAGUGUAUCGCCGGUUAAAAGAGAUGAGAUCAGAGAGAAGGGAAGACAAUUUGUCAAUGACGUCAUAGAGGCAUUCCGGACACUGAAGAACUAUAUCAUAAAUGAAUAUCUGCCCCACGCUCGGUCGUCCUGGGGUAUAGGUCAGUGGGACAACGGUAUUGAGAAUUACAAGGCAUGUCUACGUUGGCACCUAUCGCUGGACAUCACGCCGGAAUAUGUUCACAGACUGGGCCUGAGUGAAGUGGCCAGAAUACGGAGAAAGAUGGAGCAAACAAUGAGCAGAAUGAACUUCAAUGGAACUAUUUCUGAUUUCUUCAAUGUGGUCCGCACUGAUCCUCGCUUCCACGUCACGUCUGGGCAAACACUUCUACAGAAGUACAACGAUAUUAUCUACAAUGAGAUAUAUCCAAAGCUUCCACGACUGUUCAAAGACAUCCCUAAUUUGCCCUUAAGAACAUCGCCGAUGCCGAACGACGGGGUGGGAGGAGAGUAUCUGGCGGGGACAGCGGAUGGCGCUCGCCCUGGAAUCUUUUACAUCAAUCUCUUCCAUCCAAAUGAGAUUGCGACCAUAGACAUGAAGGCGUUGUCUCUUCACGAAACUGUCCCUGGUCAUCAUUUACAGAGAAUAUAUGCUCUUGCUGCGGACCUACCUUCGUUCCGGAAGUUCCAGGAAGAUACCAACUAUUGGCAAGCACCAUUCAAAUUCCCCUUUUACACAGCCUAUCUUGAGGGAUGGGCUCUGUACGCGGAGUAUCUUGGAGAGGAGAUGGGGCUAUACAAGGACGACUAUGAACUAAUGGGGCGGUACGGCUCGGAGAUGUUCCGCGCCAGCAGGAUGGUCGUUGACACUGGACUCCACUACUUCAAUUGGGACAAGGAACAAGCGGUGUCGUACAUGCUGGCACAUACGGCAUAUUCCCGGAACGACAUCGAAAGCGAGGUUCACCGGUACGUCACGUGGCCAGGCCAGGCGUGCUCAUACAAGAUCGGAGAGAUAAGGAUCCGGCAGCUGAGGGAGAGAGCCAUGCAAAGACUUGGUCCUCUUUUCGACCUAAAGACAUUCCAUGCUCUCCUGCUGAAGAAUGGUCCGGUGCCUCUGAGAAUCCUUGAGAGAAUGGUCAACGAAUGGAUGACUGAUGUGACAUCUGAGCUCUAUCAGGGAUGAUGGGCAGACUAACAAGACGUGUUUCAUCCUCGUACAGUCAUCACGUUAACGUUUUUAAAACAAACGUUUUUAAUAAUAUGUCAGCAACUUCUCUUUCAAAAGAACAACUUGGUUCCAAAUGUUUCUUUGAGUAAAAUCGUUUUAGCAUAAGUGAUUACAUUCCUCUCUUCAUAACGAAUUGUGAUUCUUUUGUCAUAAAAUACAAUUAGAGUUCCCAUCCUUGUCUAAGACGGACAUCCGAAGAUAGAUGAAAGGACAGUCCUACUGUAAAGGCUUGUUACACCAGAAGAUUAUAUCAUAGGCCACAUUUUGAUCAAUUAUUUGAUAAUUAUCUUCCUGACAACCAAGGAACAAACCUUUCCAAACAUGUUAAAAUUUACCUAAUAAACAUGAGUUUGAAUGUAAACUUUAAGGAUACUUAUCUGUCUACGUUGUAAGAUUUUGUUUUCAUUUCUUAGAUUUAUUGACAAUCUCGGCGGGGACUGCUCGUCAAUUAUUCUUUUACAUAAACUUAAGGGAAAAAGAAACUUAUCACUUGUAAAUUAGGUUUUAUCUGAAAUAAAGACAGAGUGAUAAGUUGGAACGUUAUCAGAAAACAUUCACCGAAACACAACCUGUGCACAUGUGAAAGUCACUUUUUGCAGGAUUCAGUGCCGUCAACGGCACUGGAACACCCAUCAGCAGAAGAAGGUCUUACGCAUAGGUGGUAUCAGAGCGACUCCGCAUUGGUGGUAUCAGAGCGACUCCGCAUUGGUGGUAUCAGAGCGACCCCGCAUUGGUGGUAUCAGAGCGACUCCGCAUUGGUGGUAUCAGAGCGACUCCGCAUUGUGGUAUCAGAGCGACUCCGCAUUGGUGGUAUCAGAGCGACCCCGCAUUGGUGGUAUCAGAGCGACUCCGCAUUGGUGGUAUCAGAGCGACUCCGCAUUGGUGGUAUCAGAGCGACUCCGCAUUGGUGGUAUCAGAGCGACUCCGCAUUGGUGGUAUCAGAGCGACUCCGCAUUGUGAUAUCAGAGCGACUCCGCAUUGGUGGUAUCAGAGCGACUCCGCAUUUAUGGUAUCAGAGCUUUCCGUGGAUUGUCCUUGACCCCUCUUCACCGUGAACGCAGCUUACAGUGGGCAAAAACUGCACGUCUGUGGCAGCGGCGUGAUUUGGAAAGGGUGUUGUUCACAGAUGAAAUACGCUUUAACUUGUUCCGAAAUGAUGGCCGAGUCCGUGUUUAUCGACGUAGGGGAGAGCGACUGGCACCUAAUAUAACUGCAUCCAAGAUGUGAACUCUUCUGGUGGCGGCGGUCAUCAUCCGUGGGAAUCUGACUGGCCAAAGAUACAGAGAUGAAGUGUUGCGACCUGUUGUCGUGCCAUUCUUACGUGGAGGACAAUGCACGACCUCAUACCGCCAGACUUGUUCAGCAAUAUCCGCACAACGUUAACGUCAACGUAUUGCCUUGGUCAGCAUGUUCUCCAGACAUGAUUCCCAUAGAGCAUCUCUGGGAUCAUUGUGAUCGACAGCUGACGGACGACAUCCACGAGGAGACGUAUUUUGGCGUGCAUUGGUGCACGCUACUAAGGACAUGUUGUAUCACAGGAUUUGACUUUUUUGAGUACCUUUAGAGUGGCUCUGUUUGACUCGUGUUAAUGUAUUUUUUUCUUAUUUUGACCCCAUGUCUCUUUCGCUCGGCCUUUAGCAAGUGCACUAUCGAUGUGGCUUUGCAUUUUUGUACAGAUAUCGAAAAAGAUUUCCUCUAUUAAAAUGAUCAUCUUAUAGUUAA